AUGACCACCGCACCUCGCACCAUUGUCCUCAUCACCGGCGCAAACCAAGGAAUUGGGUUUGAAGUCGCCAAGGCAAUCCACUCUGUCCACAAGGACUACCACAUUCUGCUUGGAUCUCGCGAUGCCGAGCGCGGCGUCAAAGCCGCUGCCGAGAUCGACCCCACAGGGACAUCGGUGGAGCCGAUCACCAUCGACGUGACGGACGAUGCCUCGAUCGAGAAAGCCGCAGAGCAGGUUGCCUCCAAUCACGGCCGGCUAGACGUGCUCGUCAACAACGCAGGCAUCAACAAUGAGUUCGAACUGUUCUGGGGAGCGCAAGAGAAGCAGAAAAACGGCGAAGCCCAAGACGAGAAGCCCAACCUAUCCCAAUUGCGCCAGCUCUACCGCGAGGCAUACGAGGUUAAUCUCUUCGGCGCGGCGGCCACCACUGAAGUGUUCAUCCCGCUUCUCGAGAAGGCGGCGGCAUCUCCGCCGCGGAUUGUGUUUGUGUCGUCGCACACUGGGUCGCUGGCGAUCCGCACCGAUCCCUCGCACGAGAUGUUCUCCAAAAUGAGCCGACCCAGCUUCCCCAUCUACCGCAGUAGCAAGGCAGCUUUGAAUAUGCUCACCUUGCACUAUGCGGCCCAGUUCAAGGACCAGGGGUGGAAGGUGAAUGCGUCGUGUCCAAAUCUAACCGCCACAAAUUUCUCCCACGGCAUCGGCCGGCCUGCAUCAGAGUCUGCGGUGAAUAUUGUGCGAUUGGCGACUUUGGGCGCCGAUGGAGAGUCGGGGUUGUAUUCGGAUGAGAAUGGUGUCGUGCCGUGGUAG